UGUCUCAGCUGUUAACUGAAGAUAUGAUAAACAGAGGUUGCAGAACAUUCCAGUGGCAAUCUUAUUAAUCUUCCAUCUCGAAGAUAGCAUCAAAUCAAUUCACACACCCAGGUCUCCUCAUGGCGACCUCAGAAGAUGCCCCCGUCCAAUUGGAGCCCUCAGUGAGCGACUCGGUUAUCCAGGACGAAUCCAAAAGCCAAGGUGAGGCUGUCCCUGUGGCAGAAAAACCCAAGCCACAGGAAGAUGAUGAUUAUGAUCAUGCGGGAGAGUAUGAUUCCCAAGGAUAUCUGGAUGUUUUGGGCUCCGGACGACUUCGCAAAAAGACUCUCAAAGAAGGCGAUAUUUCGGCGGGUAAACCCCGACAAGGAGAUACGGUUCGCAUGAAAUACACAGUCUCAUUUGAUGGGGCCAUCCGUGUCAAGGAAACCGAGAUCGAGUUCCAAGCAUCAGAAAGUGAAGUAAUCCAAGCCAUGGACUUGGUAUGUUGCCUGAUGCAUCCCGGUGAAAUCACGGAAGUGAUUGCCGAUCCAGAAUUCGCUUAUGGUCAGAUUGGAUUGCCGGGUUCGGGCAUUCCUCCGAAAGCGGCCGUGAUCUUCCAGAUGGAACUCCUGUCCAUGGAAAUGAGUGCCUCCAUUCAAGGCUUGGAACUGAAUGAGCGUCUUCGGAUAGGCCGACGGAAGAAAGAUUGUGGCAACUACUGGUUCGCGCGACAAGAGGUCCCCUUCGCUAUGCAAUGUUAUAGGAAAGCCAUUGAAUAUUUUGACGACGAAGCACUCACUCUGGACGUGCCUAUUGAUCGUUUCUCGUUACCCGAAGAGUUCCAAGUUUUGUUAGGCGAACGUCUGAAGGCUUUGAACAAUCUCGCCUUGUGCCAAAUCAAGAUCGAUGCUCUAGAUUCUGCUCUCAUGUCACUCUCCUAUGUUUUGAAGGUCGAGCCCAACAACGAGAAGGCCCUUUAUCGGAAAGGGAAGGCCCUGCAGAGCAAGAAUCGCAUCGAUGAGGCCCUUGGCAUUUACAAACGCAUCCAAAUGCUCUAUCCCAACAACACGCAAGUCAAAGCUGAUAUAUUAAAAUUGUCUUCCGUUCAGAAGAAAAACAAAGAGAAAGAAACCAGAUUGUCCAGGAAAAUGUUGGGCUUAGAUAAAGUGGAGGCGGAGAAGUCUUCAAACGUCAAGGCGUACUUAAAAGUCAUGGCCAAGAACAUCGGAUUCGCCGCAUGUAGUUUGGGCGUGGUCUUGGCCGCAGUGGCCGUGUCUCAGAAAUGGAAUUCCAGCUGAAUCAUGUUAAAAUUGUAUCAAAAAAUUGUAAGUGUUGUAGUAAAAUUCUUUGCCAAGUCUA